UUUAACAAAUUAAAAAAAAAAAAAACUUUACUGAAUCAAAUUUUGGAGAACUCCACUGCUUGUAAUAAAUUAAAAAAAAAAAAAAAAUCAAUGGAGCUUUUUCCCAUAUGGAAACCAAAAGUGGAGUAAUCUUCAUUAUAUUUCUCGUGCAAUUUUUUAGUGUUAUUUUUGUUUAAUCCAAUUGCAUUUAAAAUUCCUCUUGUUACUUGUUUCUGCAGUUUAGCCAUUGAAAUGACGAUCCACGCUGAUGCAUUUCUUACAAAAUUUCUACUUUACUUCCUUCUGGUCUCUGAUUAUUUUUCCUGCGGAAAUAUAGGUUUGCAAGCAAUGCCUCUGGGAAGGAGAAAACAUUGGCUAUGAUAAAACCAGAUGGACUGUCUGGUAACUACACUGAUAGGAUAAAGAAUCUCAUAUCUGAUUCGGGUUUCACCAUUUGCAAGGAGAGGAUCAUUCAACUUGAUGAGGAGAGUGUGAUGAGCUUCUAUGCGGAGCACUCUUCGAGGAGCUUCUUUGGCAGCCUUGUCAAAUACAUGACAAGUGGCCCAGUGUUGCUUAUGAUUUUAGAGAAGGAAAAUGCUGUUGCUGAUUGGAGAGCUUUAAUUGGGCCAACUGAUGCAAGCAAGGCAAAGGUUACUCAUCCUCACAGCAUAAGAGCACUGUGCGGACUGGAUUCAGAAAAAAAUUGUGUUCAUGGUUCAGAUUCUCCUCAAUCAGCUCAAAGGGAGAUUUCAUUUUUCUUUGAAGAGAAGAUUUCAGGCAGAAUAGUUCCAAAACAUGAUGAACUGUAGCAAAUAAGACUCAAAACAGAUUUUCAAGUCUUCUACAAUUCUCUUUACCCUUUUUAAUGAUUCAAUUUCAGGAAAUGUACAAUUUACUAUCAAUUUUUUAAUGGUCAGACCAUCUGUUAUUAAACGCAGUCUUGUAAACUUUAGCUCAUUAGCAGAAAAAGGCAGAAAAUUGGCUGGUUAGGCCAACUGUUACAUGAAAUCUUGUUACUUUAUUAUCAACUUUUCUAUUGAAUCAAACCCCAUUCCCUUUCCUGGUUCA